AUGGUCCACAAUCUUGCCCAGUGCCGCGUGGUGAUAAAAAGGGCAAUCGCCGGUGGGGCAAAGGCACUCUUCCUCCCCGAAGCAAGUGACUACAUCGGUGGCUCACCAGACGAGACAUUGUCAUUGUGUAAACCUGCGAGCUCUUCGCCUUUCCUUCUCGGCUUGCAAGAAGAGGCAAAGAAGCACUCGUUGCCAAUAUCUGUCGGAGUUCAUGAGCCGAGUGAGGACCCAAACAGCAAGCGAAUCAAGAACACCCUUCUGUGGAUCGAUGAGAAGGGUCAAAUCGCCCACCGAUACCAGAAAGUGCACCUCUUUGACUUGGAAAUCGAGGGAGGUCCGAUCAUGAAGGAGAGCAACGUGACCGAGCCGGGCAAUAAGAUCUUACCGCCUUUCAACUCGGCCGUGGGGAAGAUCGGCUCUAUGAUCUGCUUUGAUCUGCGCUUCCCAGAGAUAGCGCUUGCUCUCAAAAGGCAGAAGGCCGACGUUCUUCUCUAUCCUUCGGCAUUCACCGUACCAACGGGCAAAGCUCACUGGCUUCCACUCCUCCGAGCACGAGCAAUCGAGUGCGAGUCGUACGUUAUUGCUGCUGCUCAGGUCGGUGCGCACACCGAGAAGCGAACAAGCUAUGGGCAUAGCAUCGUCAUUGAUCCUUGGGGAGAGGUUGUUGCUGAGCUCGGUGGUGAAAAGAAGGAAGAGCCGGAGGUCAUAUUCGCAGAAAUCGACCUUGAGCUAUUGAAGCGAGUCAGGACUCAGAUGCCUCUGUUGAGGCGAACGUAA